ACACAGGUAGAGGGAUGUCUUUCAUCUUCUAGAUUUCGGUGGGCAGAAAUCUUUAUUCGAGCUCGAACAGCCUUAUUUUCUCUCAUUCGCUCUCCCAGUGCGCCCUCUCGUUCUAUUGCAAGCCUACUGUAUUUAUGCUGCAGAGUGGGGCGUGUGACGUCAACGAAUGCUGGAGCGGCUCCUUCGCUCGAGCGAGAAAUGGGGAGAAAAUUGCAAGGGCCAAAGGUAAUGGUGAGGCAGAAGUAACGGUGACAAGAGGAACAAACGACAACCUAAGAAGAUUCUGAAUCUGUGUGUGUGUGUGUGUGUCAGAAUUCCAGUAUGUGUGAUGGCGUGAAUGGCCUUUGGUCGUCUUCUCGCCUCCCUCAGACAUCCCUCUUCCUUCUCGCCCUCAUCUAACUCCCACCGCCACCCUCAUCUCACCACCCCCAUUUUUGUACCAUGAGAGGAUCCGCCCAGUACUCGGUGAGUAGUAAGCCCGCGGCGUAUCGGCGCCGCUGAGCGCUGUGCCGCGUGAGGGCCCCUCCCCCCCGGCGGCCUCUCGCGGAAUGGCUUCUCUGGACCUGCCCUACCGCUGUCCUCGUUGCGGGGAGCACAAGCGCUUCCGGUCGCUGUCCUCCCUCCGCGCCCAUCUGGAGUACAACCAUACCUACGAGACGCUCUACGUGCUCUCCAAGUCCAACAGCGUGUGUGACGCAGCUGCGCUACUCCCCCUGGUGGCCGACGGAGACCUUCUCCUCGCUCCUUCUGUCCCCGGCAUUAACCGCAGCAACAACAUUAACGACCCCUUCGACGGUCUUCAACUCCGGCCUUCCGCCUUCAGGGACUUCAAGGAGCGCCGCUUCCCGUGCCGCGAGCUUCCCUGCCCGGACGACCUCGGCGGUUUAUCCACAAAUUCCAACUCCGCGGCUCGCUACAUCCCCAAUGUAGAGUUCCCCCUGGGGGAGAUCUUUGUGAAGAAAGCCAUGAGCGCAGCCGGGGACCCCCGCGGUUCCCACGGCAACCAAAGCACGGCCGUGGCAGUGGCGGCGAAUGUGGCUGCGAGCGCGGUGGAGGCGGCCUAUGAGGAGGGCUUGGCCAGGCUGAAGGCGAGAGCCUUUGAGCGUCUGGAGCUGGACGAGAGGCUGGAGAAACUCUCAGAGGAGGUGGAGCAGAAGAUAGCUGCACGCGUGGGCCGGCUGCAGGCGGAGCUGGAGAGGAAGAGCGGCGAGCUGGAGCGGGCCAAGCAUGAGAGCGAGCGGCUGGGCCAGGAGAAACAGGACCUGGAGGACAAGGCGUCGGAGCUCUCCCGCCAGGUGGACGUUUCGGUGGAGAUGCUGGCCAACCUCAAGCAGGACCUGGUCAGCAAGGAGGAGGAGCUUACCCACAAACAACAGGAGGUAACCCAGAUAGACCAGUUCCUCCAGGAGACGGCGGCGCGCGAGGCCAACGCCAAGGUGCGCCUGCAGCAGUUCAUCGAGGAGCUCCUGGACCGUGCCGACCGCGCCGAGAAACAGCUGCAGAUCAUCAGCAGCUGCGGGACCACGCCCAACGGCAGCAUGGGACGCUGCAGCCUGCCCGGCUCCAACAAAGGCUCCAACAAUGGACGCCAGAGGAACUCCAGUGUCUCGGGGACGUCCAGGGGCAUGUACCAGGUCUCUGACCGACGAUCCUCUCCCAGCACCGGAGCGUCGGGCCGGGUCAAGUCCUUCUCCCAGGGCUCGGGCGGGGGCUACGACAGCGGCGACAGCGUGGAGAUGCACCCCAUGGAAGAGUGCCCCGAGGGCCAGUACUACCACGUCCAGUGUCGGCUGGGGGAAGGGGGCGGACAGGGAGGGGGCGGACAGUGCUACGAGAGGUCUGGGGUGUCCCGGAGCUGGGGGCUCCGCAAGCAGGCCAUCCAGAACUGGCAGCGGAGACCCUACCGGAACAGCACGGAGGAGGGCGAGGAGGGCGACAUGUCGGACGUGGGCUCCAGGACUACCGAGUCGGAGGCGGAGAUGUGGGAGCAGCAGGAGAGGAGGGCCACCAUGGCCGAGACGCAGCAGUCUGGAGCGCCGAGACCAUCUGGAUACCGCCUAGGCACAGGGCGGUCGGAGGGGGGCCACCGCCACAACAAGCCGUGUCGCCACGACAGGAGCCUGUCCCGGUCCAACAACGAGGUGAUCAGCCCGGAGAUACUGAAGAUGAGGGCGGCUCUGUUCUGCAUCUUCACCUACCUGGACACCAAGACCCUGUUGAGGGCCGCGGAGGUCUGCAGGGACUGGAGGUUUGUGGGCCGCCACCCUGCCGUGUGGACCCGGGUGCUGCUGGAGAACGCCCGCAUCUCCUCCAAGUUCCUGAGUACACUGUCCCAGUGGUGCACCCAGACCCAUUCCCUCAUCCUCCAGAACCUCAAACCACGACAGAGGGGCAAGAAGGAGGUUAAGGAGGAGUACCUCAAGAGCACACGGGGUUGUCUGGAAGAAGGUCUGGAGUCCUUGCUGAAGGCUACAGGAGGGAACCUAUUGAUCCUCAAGGUGUCUCAUUGUCCCAACCUGCUAACUGACCGCUCGCUGUGGCUCGCCAGCUGCUACUGCCGAGCCCUGCAGGCCGUUACAUACAGGAGUGCCACAGACCCUGUAGGACAGGAGGUGAUCUGGGCUCUAGGAGCAGGCUGUAGAGACAUAAUCUCCCUCCAGGUGGCACCACUACAUCCAUGCCAACAACCGGCUCGCUUCAGCAACCGAUGCCUGCAGACCAUUGGCCGAUGCUGGCCGCACCUCAGAGCCCUGGGUGUGGGCGGGGCAGGAUGUGGCAUUCAGGGACUAGCCUCGUUGGCGAGGAACUGCAUGCGUCUGCAGGUGUUGGAGUUGGACCAUGUGAGUGAGGUCAACCAGGAAGUGGCAGCUGAGGUGUGCAGGGAGGGUCUGAAGGGCCUGGAGAUGCUGGUCCUCACCUCCACCCCGGUCACUCCUAAGGCCCUGCUUCACUUCAACAGUGUGUGUCGUAACCUGAAGUCCAUGGUGGUGCAGAUCGGGGUGGAGGACUACUUCGAGGACCCCAGCAGCCCUGAGGCUAGGAAGCUGUUUGACGAGAUGGUGAACAAGCUGCAGGGCUUGAAGAAGAGACCGGGCUUCUCCAAAAUUCUGCACGUGAAGGCGGACAUCCUCUGCUAACCCCUUUCACCACUCAGGACCCCCCCCCCCCACCCAAAGAAGGGUCGGCCAUUUUGUUCCCAGCCACACCAACAGAACAGACCCUGUCAUUUGAAACCCCUUGACGUACCAGUCAGCCAACACACACACAUAACUGAAGAGGAAAUGCAGCAACUGUUGGAGAAAGUGGAAGUUGAUGAACAUGCUGCUUUUUAGUUAAACAUAAAAAACAAUGUGUUUUCGGCCCUUAGCCUUGACUAAAAGACAGACACAGACACCACAGACAGAUAGAUGCUCCAUAGACCAUUAGAAUGCAUUACAGAACAGAGGAUAGACAAGACAAGAGGCCUGGGUAGGGCCUGGGUAGGAUAGGUCCACACCUUACCCUGGAGCAUACAAACCCAGUGGAGAUUUUCAUGAAGGGACCAACAUUGAGGGCUAACUCCAUUUUAAAGUAUUACAUUUUGUGUGUCCUCUAUCCAACUUUAUGGUGGGGUAAAGUGUGGUAAAGACAUCAUCCGGCAGGUAACAAGACCAGGGGCCCGUAAGUUUCCGCAAAAGCAUACAGGGACCCUGCCUGUGAGUUGCUGACCUGCCAAACAGAUUUGAAACGUAAACUCAGCAGGACUAUUGGACUUUGUAGAUGCUGUAAUCUCGGCGGCCAUUUUGAUUUCAACUGAGAAAAGGGCUGUAAGCAGGAGGACGGAUGUCAUGAAAGAGCAGGCUUUCGUUCUUCACUGAGUACAUUGCAGAGAAUGUGUCUGGGAUGCUUUUUAUCAAGAUGCUAAACUGUUAGUUAAAAUAGAUUCCCAACCUGUGUGUGUGUGUUUUAAGGGAGGGAUACAUGACAUACCAGCUGCAGACUUGGUCGAACAUAAAACGAGAAGAUAUCUUGUCA